UAGAUGUGUUAGCAGUUAGCUCAAAGCACGGCGAGUUAGCAGCCUAAAACCUGAUAUGAUAGACAGACUGAUUUCUGCACAGAUUGACUAGCCUGGAAACAGAAAGCCAGUCCGGGUUUUCCCGCCGCCUCACGCCGACGUCCAUUAAACAUCCUGAAGUUGACUGGAGAGUGUAGGUCGAGUCUGGCAGAGGGCUGCCGUCAAUGGAUUGACAUAAGAAGGAUUUGCCUUUUAUCCGGUGCUUUGGUCUCUGUGGCAGCAUGUCAGUGUUACAGCUCGAAGAUACGCUGUGAAGACCAUAUUCACGCGUGCCUGGGGAAGCUCCAUCGAGGAGAAAUGCUGAAGGGUCGGUCGUGUCGUCCAGGCGGGGAGUAUUAUUAGCCCUCAGACAGUGCAUCUGUCUCUCCGGUAGCCAUACAUCCAUAUGUCAUCAGUGGAAAAAUGUCAAUGUGAUCUUACUUGAAACAGGGAACAUUACAUGAAAGAUCUGAAAAGUACUGUUGCCCAGAGUCCUCUUUAUACUGUUUCCCAUGCCGGCUAUCCUGAACUCCUCCUCCCUCACCCUCACUGGCUUCAGCUAUGCCUCACACUCCCAAAGCACCCAAGAAGUCAUCUUGUGCAUCCAAAAAGCAAAAUGUUAGGAGGGUGAAAGCUUCCACGACUAGGAGGCAAACCGUCAACUUGCUCAAAGCGAAUGGCGAGAUCAGGAAGGCCAUAGAUAAGAAACAGGCAGCCAAAGCAACCCAGAGGACUGUUGUCAGCAAGCCCAGUAAGAGGACAGUCAAGAAUGUCCUCGUUGUUAAAGGAUCCAGGCACACGCGUGGUUCUUUGAACCAAAAUGGCUUGUUGUCAAAACUUAAUGGGAAAGGGAAGUCACCUUGCAAUAGUGUCUCAUGUCCGAGGGAAGUUGAGUCCUACAGGAGAGUGGUUACAAAGAAAAAGGGAGUUCUGGAGAUCAGGGAACAGGAUACUGAUACUAAAAGGUCAGAAGUUCAUGAUCCUAAUGGUGAUGGACAACAAAAUGGUGCUGUAAUUCCCACUGGAGAGGGACAGAGUGUUAACAUAAGCUCAGAGGAAACUGCGGAGGAUCACAGAGAAACUGUUGUUCACAACACUGACAAGGCAGAGGAAGAGACUGUAAAAGCAGGCACAGAAACUGUGCAAAACGAAAGCUGCUCUGCUCCUACCGAGCAGCCGAAAACAGCGUUUGUUGAGCAACAUGACCUUCACGACCCCGUCAAUAAUGUGGACUUUGCCUACAACAAUAAUACCUCAGGCCCAACAACUCCCGCCCCUUCACAGUCAGAUAAGUAUGUUUCAGGACAGACUGAAGAGGUUCAACACAUCGUUCCACACAUUAACUUUCCCGACAAUUCUUUUCAAACCACUCCAGAAAACUCUACAGAAGCAGGUGAGACUGUGGCCUCCGAAGUGUGUCAGUCCUCCAAUGAAUCACCAGCACUUGAAAAACUUGCAAAUGCUCCCCAGAAGGAAAAUGAGUUUGAAAGCACUGUAGACGUGGACACCAAAGAUGAAAAUGGGGAUGAUGAAAUGUCAAUGAAGAAAGAGGGGGCGCUUUCUCUCCUCUCGCUGAGCAUGACCAUUUACAACAGCACUCUUUGUGAAAUGGGCCGUGGGCCUCAGGCGAUGGCGUCGCUCUCCAGUAGCACAGAAAGCACCCAGUCCUCGUUUGACAGCGACUCGGAGUUGUUUCUGGAGCACGGGGCGUCAGGAAACCCUUCUCUCCAAGUUGAGGAUAUUCAGCUGCGUUUACUUCAAGUUCAAGAGAGGAGGGGCAGGAAAAAGAGAAUUCACUGUGGUGUUUGCACACCUUGCCUGCGCAAGAUCAACUGCGGGGAAUGCAGGAGUUGCCUGAACCGAAAAACGGGCCAUCAGAUCUGUAAGCUCAGGAAGUGUGUUGAGUUGAGGAAGAAGCCCCUCAUGAUCUAUACGGGAGAGGUAGGGUGCAAGGAUAUUUCCAAACCGCAAAAAAAAGAGCAAGGUUUUAAGGUUGAGUCAGAGGCAAAUUCAGUAAAUGGCACAAGCUCAGAGCAGAUGGAGGAGACCUGUGUGGCACCAGAGGAAGAGGCGCAUUGCGUAUCCUUAACACACAAUGUUCCACCUGAUGUUCCCACACCUCUCCAGCAUGGCUUGUUACCAGCACCUCCUGGAAAGGAGCCCAUGGCCACUGAUGUACUUCUCCCUCACAGCAGUUCUCUAACCUCUCAUAAUGGUGCUGAAUACAUGAAACCAAACACUGAGAGGCAUGUGGAUCCCACUGAGCCACAUGCCACAUUCCAUAGAUCCACGUUUAAGAAAAGUUGUGAAUCCGAGUCCGUUCAAGAACAGAUGGUUCCUCUGAAGAAGAUAAAACUGGAGGAGCAAUGGGUUGAGAUUGAUGACCCGCACUCAAAGCGCUUAGAAACUAGCGGGUGCUACGAGGAUGCUUUAUCUACGCUUGCAGCUGUGGUCUGCUUCUCCAGUACGGACAGGAAAAGUCUAGAGGAGAGGCUUUUUGGGCCUCAGGCCUCAGACAUGUGUUUAAAAACUGAGCCGAAAGAAGAACCAUAUCAGUGUCAGUUAAAUCAAGGAGAAAGUCCAGAAGAACCUCCUCAGAAUGAUAACAUUGCACUAUCUUUACUCAGUGUCCAGUCUCUGGUCCAGCAUAGGAAUAUUAGUGUUGAUCAGGCUAUAGCUAUUGAGGCCUUGACCCAACUGGCAGCUACCCCACAAACAGUGCCCUAUGAAACAGAAAACCAGAGUCAGGACGCUCAACGAGAAACGUCUACAUGCUCCGCUUCAAGCAACCACAUAACUCUUCGAGAGGCUAAACCAGUUUCAGAUGUUUUCUCUAACAAGGUCUCGGUAAUCAGUUCAUCAUUGCAACAGACUUCUGUCAUCCGCAACCCUCUGAACAGGUCGACCUACUUCACCCAAAAUCAGCAUUGUGCAUCUACCUCCAGAAAACUUUCCUUGAAGGAUCUUCUGGUGGCCAGCUCAGAAUGUGAAAAGCUAUCGUGUACCACGGAGAACCGCAGAAAUGGCCAAGCACUUUGUAAAGCUGAUAGGUUAGAAGGCACUUUCAAGAAGUAUAAGCAUGGAGAAGCGACUCAAAUCUCGAGAAAGAGGGAUGAGGAGGAAGUUGCAGCUCAAUUGGUGCAGCUUGCGUUCAUGAUCGAAUCCAGGCAGAUGCAAGUCUCUGAAAACAAUCCACCGAAAUGUAUGCCGACUCAGACCAUGAAAUACAAUAAUAAUUGUUUGGGGCAGCACUUAAAAAAGCAAAGUAAACCUAAAAUGACGCCAUCAAAACCCAGGAUGUCCAAGAAGAAAGCUGCUGAGAUCGAGGGCAACCAUUGUAGGAUUCCAUUGGCCAAGAAGACGCCCAACAGGAAAACCCCACUCAAGGCCACCAUUCAGAAAGCCAUUUCACAACAAAAGAUGAGGUUCCAGCACAAGAGGAGUCCGUUUCUUCCACAAGCGCAGAUAGACCUGAAAAAGUACAUAGCGGAGGCUCAUCACGAGAACAGGCAGCUCUUAUACUACAGCAACUCUCUGAAGAAAGAGCACUUUGAAACGAUCUUAGGUUCUGGUAAGCAGAACAGCUUUCACUUUAAAUACGAACAUGGAGCUCAAAGUCAUUCUUUACCACCACCAAACGGGCUCUUUCACAAUCAUACAAAUGACCAUCUAGGUGCUAGCCAGUGGCCAAGGCAUGAAUGUGAACAACAAAAGAUUUCUCAGGUAUCGAAAACCUACGAUGUGCUAAAUCAUGGUGCUAAACAACAACCUCAGCAAACCAUGGCCAGUGAACCCUGUAAAGACUCGCCGCAAAGCCCAGGGAUGUACCAUAAAGCCAACGGCUUUAAUGAUCAUCAAUACUUGCACACAAAUCAAAAUGGAUUUUACAAAGUGGAGAAGUCUGGAGGUGUUACAGUGUUGUCCACAUCCAAUGUACAUUUGGAGAAUGGUGAUGUGGCAUACACUGGAGAACAGACUCCUACCAAGCACACGAUCAACAGCUUUUUUGAGUCUCCAAUGAGGUUCUUGAACACACCGACCAAGAAUCUCCUCAACACCCCCUCUAAACAAACCACAGAGCUGCCCUCCUGUGACUGUGUGGAACAAAUAAUUGAGAAAGAGGAGGGUCCGUACUACACUCACCUUGGAUCUGGCCCAAAUGUAGCAGCCGUGAGAGAGAUGAUGGAGAACAGAUAUGGUGAGAAAGGCAACGCAGUCCGUGUGGAGGUUGUUGUGUAUACAGGCAAAGAGGGGCGGAGCUCACAGGGUUGCCCAAUCGCCAAGUGGAUCAUACGUCGAGGAAGUGAGGAAGAGAAGCUGUUGUGUCUUGUGCGGCAGCGUGCUGGUCACUGCUGUCAGAACGCAGUGGUAGUCAUUCUCAUCCUGGCCUGGGAGGGGAUCCCACGCAGUGUGGCUGACAGGCUGUACCAGGAGCUCACACAGACUCUCUGCAAAUAUGGCUCGCCCACUAGCCGCCGCUGUGCCCUCAAUGAGGAUCGUACAUGUGCGUGUCAGGGUCUGGACCCAGAGACCUGCGGUGCCUCUUUCUCGUUUGGUUGCUCCUGGAGUAUGUACUUCAAUGGCUGCAAGUUUGCACGCAGCAAAAUGCCCCGGAAGUUCAGACUGCAGGGAGACAAUCCUGAGGAGGAGAAGAAGUUGGAGAAAAACUUGCAGAAUCUGGCAUCAGAUUUGACCCCCAUGUACAAGAAACUUGCUCCUGAUGCCUUUCAGAACCAGGUGGAGCAGGAGCAGCAGGGGCAGGACUGUCGGCUGGGCAGGAGUGAAGGUCGACCGUUCUCUGGUGUGACUGCGUGUGUGGACUUCUGUGCUCAUGCCCACAGAGACACACAAAACAUGACCAAUGGAAGCACUGUGGUAUGCACUUUAACCAAGGAGGAUAACCGUGCAGUGCGGAACAUUCCAGAGGAUGAGCAGCUGCACGUCCUGCCGCUCUACAAGAUCUCUGACACAGAUGAGUUUGGCCAUGCUGAGGGCCAGUGGGCCAAGAUAAAGUCUGGGGCAAUGCAGGUCCUCUCUUCUUUCCCAAGAGAAGUGAGGAUGCUGGCAGAGCCUGUCAAAUCAGCACGCAAGAGGAGGAUGGAGGCUAAAAGAGCCCAUGCUGACAAACUAAGCGGCCUGGACAGUAAGCAGGGCACCCCUAUAAAAGUGAAGAACGAGCCUCUUAAAGGUUUCAAGCACAACUCUGUUGAACAUUCACCAUGUUCAGAAAAAGAAGCUCGUAAUUUAAGUUCCACAAUGGGAUUGCCUGGGGUUCCGGGCAUUGGAGAGCAAUUCUCAGACUUCCGCUCUACUGUCCCGUACAACCAGAGUAACACAUGCCACACAUUUCCUGAGGCCUCUGGCUUUGGCUUGUCCACACACCCAGAGUUUGCUCAACCACAUGAUCCCUCAAGAGGAACCAGCCACAGCAGUGGUUCUCCUUCUCUUAGACACGGACUCGAGAACAUCAGGCAGAUGUCUGAACUGUUCAGAAACUCAUAUCCGAACGAUCCUCUGAGAACGAAUUUGAAAUACUCUCCCUCAUUCAAAUCCGAGCCUGAGGAGAUACGGUGCUUCCAGGGCGGCGCAGCUCCCACCCCGCUCUCCCCGCCCACAGCCGAGGGUCUCCACAGUUGCUCAAACCUGGAGGACCACCGCAACCCUCCACUUACGGUGCGACCCCUGACCCCAAAUGUGGGUAAAGCAGAGGAAUUGUGGUCGGACAGCGAGCACAAUUUCCUCGAUGGGGAUAUCGGCGGGGUUGCGGUGGCCCCUUCCCAUGGCUCCAUCCUGAUCGAAUGCGCUCGACGGGAACUGCAUGCCACCACUCCCAUCCUGCGGCCUAACCGCACACAUCCCACCCGCAUUUCCCUGGUCUUCUACCAGCACAAGAGCCUGAAUGCCCCGGGCCACGGCCUGCAACAAUGGGAGGCUAAAAUGGCCGAGAAGGCCAGGGAGAAAGAGGAAGCCGAGCGUCUGGGACUCAACAAUAGGUCAAAGGAGAUGGAUUUGGAUACGGAGAGAGAAAACGAGACUUAUCCGGAAGAGAGACACAAGCUUCAGGUCCCUACCCGUCAAUCGCUAACAGUUACGAGUGACGGCGUCGUCAUGUCAGCGCCCUACGCCCUCACGCACGUCACUGGGCCUUACAACCGCUGGACGUGAAAUUCUGUGUGCUUGUCUAGCUAAUGCCUUACCUCAGCUAGUUCUCAUCCUUUCAUGCCCGUUUUUAUGUGUGCCCUUCUUCAGUUGUGCUCUUCAUCUCAGCUUUUACGAAGAAAUAGACUACCGUUUGUGGGUUUUUAACUGUGAGUUUUGGUGUGUAUGUCAGUGUUUUUUUUUUUUAUUGUAAAGAGAUGGUGCUCAGAACAGAUGUUAUAAAACUGGUUUUAUACAUAUAGAUGAAAUUAGUGCAUAGAAGAUGUGAUUAUUUAUUCUGAUCAUUUUCAAGACUAUUUUGUAAUUUAAUUUCUGGUCCAAGCCUGUUUGCUGCAAUAGGAGUAUGUCAUCCUUUAAAUUAUGUGUGUAGUAAACACUCCGAUUUGACAUUGUCAAAUGUGAAUUCUAUAUUCUCGUCUCAGCCUUGGGUGCUGUCUUGUCCAACACACGGUAGUUGCUAUUUUAUGGUGCCAUUGUAGCAGUAAGGUUAAAUGACCAAUAUGAACCACACGUGGGUCAUAACAGGAACUUUGUCAGUACAUUGUUUCGGCAUUGUGAGACAGUGUUGGGGGUAACGCAUUAAAGUAACACAAGUUACAUAAUCAGAUUACUUUUUUCAAGUGACUAGUAAAGUAGCGCAUUACUUUUUUCAAUUUACAGCAAAAUAUCUGUUACUUUUUUUAAAUAAGUAACACAUUGUUUUCUCAUUUAUUCACUGACACCUCUACUGUCCCCGUGCUGAGAGCAACUAGGAGUGAGGUGCAGAUGCUUAUUAAUUAAAUUUUUGGUGUGAAAGGGCCUUUA